GCGCUUAACUGAUUGUUCAUGCGUAGUGUAGAUCAAUGAUUAGUAUAACGAAUGCUGUUGGCAUUUUUACUUUUCUGGGAUUCACUCUUUUGUCACGUUCUAACUUAUCACAGCUUAUAAGUCACUCAUUAGUCAUCUCAGAGAGUGGCUGCUAGUAAAUUAGCACUAUAUUUGCCUCAGGUUCUAAUGCUUUAACUGUUAGGGGUUGCAGUUAUUGGCAGUAAUAACCAAAACAGAAUUAUGUCUCCUUCGUAGCAGACAAAUUUAGUAAAAAGUCUUUAUUCUAAACGUUUUAUCAAUGUCACAUUUGUAUUUGUACGUCGUAGAAUUCUACAUUUGACGAUGUUAUUUUGUAUAUAGUUUUUUUGCAGGAAGAAAAUAUUCUAUACAUUUUUGCCAUGGAUUUGUCAUUUUCUGACUUCAAACUAACAGUAAAAGGUGAAACUGUAGCCUCAAACCCAAAAUAUAAUAUUAAUUGAAUGUAAUUAAUUACAUUAAUAACUAUGUAAUGAACUAUGUUUGGGCAUAAUUACAUUGAAAUAUUAUAGCAAAGCAACAGUAAUAAUUCUAGACUUCUUAGGCUUAGCAGCGUUGUGGACAGAGAAAGAGAGAGACCUCUAUCAAAGUGCCAAAUUCAGAUGUAGUGCAAGGAGAAAGUGGCCAGUGAAUGUUUAGCCUGCCCUGUUUGGAGAGGUAGUGCUAGCCUCACGUCUUGCCCCACUGGCCGGCUGUCUCAGUCGUGGGAAAGACUGAAAUUACAUCGCUCUCAGGGCCGGUUAUUUUCAGCCACGGCGAGAGCAGGAGAGGGCAGACGCUCGGUCCUCUGGCCCCCUCGAAACAGGACGGUCCCGUCAGCUCACAUCCCAUUAGCAGCCGCACAGCUGAACAAGAAUGCUGUGUGCUACUUCCCCAGAUCUGGAGCCAGAUGACAACACAUCGUUCUACAUCCUGAAUGCUGCUCAGCCUCCAUCAGUGACCAACCAGUCCCUUGGCAUCCAGAGGCAUGGAGUCCAGCUGCAUUCACAGCUCACUGCCACCUCUCCUCCCCUGCAGCCGCUCCUUAAACCCUUUGAGCCUAGCUAUGAGUCCCAGGGCUCCAAAUACCCCCCUACCGGAGGGGGAGGAGUGGGGGGCGGUGGAGGUGGAGGGGGCCCACCCAAGGCCUUUGAAUGCCCCAGCAUCCAGAUCACCUCCAUUUCUCCAAGCUGUCAGCAAGAAAUGGACGUGAGUGAGGACGAAAUGAGGGCCAAGGGUCCGGAUGGAGAUUACCACGACAGACCCCUGUCCCGGGAUCACCUGUACCUGCCACUGGAUCAUUCGUACCGGGAUUCAUCACUGAGCCCCAGCCCUUGUAGCAGCCUGUCGUCCCGCAGCUGGUUCUCGGAUGCCUCAUCCUGUGAGUCCAUCUCGCACGUGUAUGAUGAUGUGGAUUCAGAACUUAACGAAGCAGCGGCACGGUUCACACUUGGUUCACCUCUGACCUCGCCAGGUUGUUCGCCCCAGGGUGGCCCACUGGAGGAGCCAUGGCAUCAGCAGCAGCCACAGCAGCAUCAUCACCACCCAGCCUUUGCCCACUCUCUCUCUCAUCCGCAUGCCCACUCCCUCUCGCCCCGCGGAUCACCCUGCCACUCGCCCCGUACAAGCGUAACCGAUGAGAACUGGCUCAGCCCUCGGCCGCCUUCACGCCCCUCCUCCCGACCAACGUCUCCCUGCGGCAAGAGACGCCACUCCAGCGCUGAUAUCUGCUACCCAGGCUCGCCCCACCACUCACCGACUCCCACACCUGGGCCCUCACCUCGAGGCAGCGUUACUGAGGACACGUGGAUCGGGAGUCCCUCCAUGGGCAUGUCACCCUUCCAGUGCUGCCCUGCGGAUACUGACAUCCCCUCUAAGACCAGGAAGACGUCCCAGGACCGCACAGCUGUGAUGCAGCCCGGGAAGGGUGAGCUUGUUCUAGAUGAUUCGGGGAACAUGUCCCCACUGCUGGACUCACCGGCUGAAGAAGCCAUGCACGGUUUGAAGAAGGACGGACCUGGGGAACAGUUUCUGUCCGUGCCCUCUCACUUUACCUGGAACAAACCCAAACCAGGACACACACCUAUAUUCAGGACGUCAUCCCUGCCCCCCCUGGACUGGCCCUUACCGAGCCAGUACGGUCAGUUUGAGCUGAAGAUUGAGGUCCACCCUAAAGCCCACCACCGAGCACACUACGAGACUGAGGGCAGCAGAGGAGCCGUAAAAGCAGCCUCCGGUGGACACCCCAUCGUCAAGCUCAUUGGCUACAACGAGAAGCCCGUAAACCUGCAGAUGUUCAUCGGCACAGCAGAUGACCGCUAUUUGAGGCCACAUGCUUUCUAUCAGGUCCACCGCAUCACAGGGAAAACAGUGGCUACAGCCAGCCAGGAAAUCAUGAUCGCUAGCACCAAGGUUCUGGAGAUUCCACUUCUUCCUGAAAACAACAUGUCUGCCAGUAUUGACUGCGCUGGGAUUCUGAAGUUGAGAAACUCAGACAUCGAGCUGAGGAAAGGAGAGACAGACAUUGGGCGUAAAAAUACACGUGUUCGUGUGGUGUUUCGAGUGCAUAUCCCACAACCCAACGGAAAAGUGCUCUCUUUACAAGCUGCCUCUAUCCCUGUAGAGUGCUCCCAGCGAUCGGCACUGGAAUUACCUCAGGUGGAAAAAGUCAGUGUGAGCAGCUGUCCUGUGAGUGGAGGAGAAGAGAUGGUCAUCACAGGUUCCAACUUCUUUCCUGAGUCAAAGGUCAUCUUCCUGGAGAAAGGCCCUGAUGGUCGACCACAGUGGGAGGUGGAGGCAAAGAUUAUACGUGAGAAGAGCCAAGGAUUGAGUAUUGUGGUGGAAGUGCCGCCGUACCACAGCAAGUCCGUCACCUCCGCUGCGCAGGUACAGUUCUACGUGUGCAACGGGAAGCGGAAAAGGAGCCAAUCACAACGAUUCACCUACGUAUCAGUUCUGGUUAAGCAGGAGCACAGAGAAGAUUUGGAACCCCCUGCCGUCCCGCCUAUGCCCAUGCCCCUGGCUCAUGCCACUGGCCUGGUCCAUUCUCAGCCGCUGUCCUCCCCGGAGCACUCCCACCCGCAGGACGGCCUUCUGUCCAGCUCCCCACGCGGCCUGGCCCCCAGCCUGCACCCGCUGCAGGCACCCAUCGCCCCUAUGGGCUCCCCCACCUUUCCCCACCUGCCUCCUCACCUUCAGGUCCGAGGCCUCCACCCAGCUCCAGAAUGCCAGAUGCCCUUCCACCCGGCCCCAAGAGCAUCCUACCAACCUCUCCAGCACAACUUGCCCUUUAAUGGUCAGCCUGGUCUUCCCAUGCCUGGCACCACUUCCCCUCAGGCCUAUGAGCGCGUGCCAUUUCAGCCCGACCCAGCCGGGUGUCAGCCUCUGGGCAUGGGGAUGAUAUAUGGGCCCCCUGUUUCGGCCCCGGCCUCUUCUGGAGCAGGGGGUCCAGCCUCGAGCCCUAGCCAUGUAGCGUGCACUGGCAGUAACCAGCCCAUGGCCCACUCCACCCCUCACCUUCACUCUCUGGGCUACCACUGUCCCACCCCAGGUCAACUGCCCCCCUCACCCACUCAUGCCCUUGGACAACCGGCCUCACAGCUUCAGCGACCACUUGGCUAUCACCCGGCUGGCCAGCGCUCUGCCUCCUGCCCCACGCCCUCCAGUGCCCCGGUCCGGAUGGUGCCUUCGCCCCACUCUGGCCCUUCUUCACCCCAGCUCCACUCAUUGCCCUACCAGUCUCCCACCUCGCCCUCGCCAACCAGCAGCCCCCUGGGCCCCCUGUCCCACUCAGGACAGCCCUCACCCCAAGCCAGCAGCCCUGUCCUUACUGGGCUGCCAGCCACUGGUCCUCUUGUGCAUCCUCUGACUCAGCAGCAGCAGCAAGGCCCAUUCCCUGCAGAGGGAGAAAGGCUGAACAUUAAGCAGGAGCCUGAGGACAGAGAGCUUACCUUCCGCUCCAUUGGCCUGCAGGAUAUUACACUGGAUGAUGUGAAUGAAAUCAUUGGCAGAGACAUGUCUGAGGCUCCGGGGGUUCAUGGCACCUCAACGGCACACAGUCAGUCCUAGCCCACCGCCUGCUGCUCUGUUUCAGGCAGCAGAGUGUGUGAGCAGCCCUGCAGAGCUGUGGACUCAGUCAGACCAAGCCACAGUACUUCCAUCCACACGUCCAGGCAGGCCAAACAUGGCACAGGGACGUCCUGCCCCGCGCUGGCAUCCAGCUGGGCCGAGACCCCUCCCUUCACCUCCUGUGGACCUACCAGGCAUCAAGAGAGGUGUCAUGUGGAGACUUUUGGGGGAGAGAAAGCUCACACACACACACACACGCACACACACACACACACACAUUCAGGAUAAUAUUGGUAUGUGGUUGUUCCAAACAUGCAUAUUUCUCAGUACGUAGCUGAAUAAGUCGAGUCUCUCGCUCUCUCUGCUUGUUUUUUAACAGUAGUUCUCAGGCUUUUUCUUCAGGCGGCAAAGAUGCUUCGGAUCAGCCAUCAUAUGAAAAACAGCGAGCUAUGCAGCCCAUGAUCCUUAUAACUAGCGUAUGCAAUAUAAACCCACAGUUGCGUCAACCAUAAUGGCCGAAUAUGUGUAGAUGCUGGUGUCUGGGAUUGAGUUGGAAUGGAUGGAACGGAAUUCAAGAGGAAUCAACCCUCUCUUUUUGCCCGUUUAACCAGCCUAAGAGUGCCCUCUUGAAAUCAGCACCGUCUCAGUGGCGCCCUCUGGGGGACAAGCCAGAGCGUUGCGGACGUGUGAAUAAUAUGCAACAUUCCACACAUUUCUAGUGUCCUUUUUGAGCUGUAGAUAUGAUCCCCUCUUUCUCCUCUUCAGGUUGAACAAAUGCCUUAUAAACUUAGCAGCUUGGAUUGACUGCAAAAAAGUUUUGAGUAUAGAUGUUCUUGUUUCUUUUCUCCUUCUUCAGACUAUUUUUUUUCUUCUUCUUGAGGCUGAAUUUUGUUUGAGGACACAGUCUAAAUGUUCUAAAUCAGGUUUGAGUGUUUUUUUUUGUUUGUUUUUUCAUUUAGAGUCAAGCUAUUCUGUGAGUGUGAUCAAGUGUGUCAGUCACAUAUAACUCCUACAGCGCAGUAUGUACAAACUAAAUUGAAUAGUGUCUAAAGACGUCUGUACUUAACUAGAAAUGCAUAGAAACAGAUGAAUCGAUUUAUUCAGAAAGCUGAAAACUCCAGUGUGCCUUUCAAACGACAAUCAUGCUCAGAUCUGUAACAGAAUCCAGAUAGCAUCUUUAUUUCAUUUUUUUAAUGGUGGCCAUAUUGAAGUGGUUGGGAAAGCUCUUUCUCUUCAUCCUGCAAAAGGCUGCAUUUUGACAAUCUUGACAAUCAACAGCUAUCUGCUCUUCAGUACGCUUUCCUAAAUGCCAUGAGACACAAAGUUUGUGUCCCAGAUGGACACUGGAACAAGUGAAACCACAUUUUCGAGUCUAGCCAUUUCAUUUUAUUGUGGUAGCCAAAAAGAUAGAACUGAUUGUGAAAGGAAAUUCCAUCAGUUUUUCAAACUGUCUGCAUAAUUCAAACAUUAAGACGUAAAGUCAGUCUGAGAGGUUUGAUGUGAAAUGUUCAUUUCUAGAGACACGAAAGUCCGAAUUAUUCAUAGCAGUGGGGAUAGGCAAAGCUUGGAGCCUAAACAAAUUACAUUUUUGAAUUAAUUCAUGCCAGAGAGGUACAUUCAGAAAACCUGCAUGUACGUCUCCAUCAUGAAUUAAUUUAAAUAAAAAAUAAGGCAAAAAGUAUCUAAAAUGUAUCAUUGUUUAAUAAAAAAUCUAUUAGAUGCAUCGUAAAUCUCUCUUUAAAGAUUUUGUACCGAUUCACAAAAUAUCCUCAGACUUUUACACAGGCUCUACAUUUUCCCUUCUGUAAAAUAAAUUGAAACAUCACCCUACAUAAAUACACAGCUUUGUUUAACAACCAGCUUGACAAGCUGAUUACAGGCCAGCAGGCUAAUAUGUAAAGUUCAGAAGGAUUAACUGUAAAAGUGCGAUAUAAAAAGUACAUCACGUUUCCCGAAUCUUAGAGGCUUCAGAUGUUCACAGUCAGUCUACAACUGCUUUCACUAGUGUUAAAACCAGUGUAGGUAAUCAACAGCAAAGUACAGCAACCUGAGCUUGGUGCUAAUAUAAAAGUGAAAAUCUCAUUAAAGAGUUAAUGAAGGUUAACAUUAAUGUAGGCAUUAUAUAAGGCUUCUUACAGAGUGGACGUUUCACUGCUUAUGCACAUGCUUAGUUAAUGAGAAAUACAGAGGGAUAAUAUAUAUAAUAAUGUAGGCUGUUUUACCAUCCAAACAAAAAUAUUGGUUUACCACUAUUUUACCAUAAUUAGCAUUAUAUGUAAAAUGGUUGUAGUUGUGCUGUAGACAUUGUGAUCUCUGGUUCUUGUUGGCACCAGUUGGUAAGUUUCUCUGCUAUGAACAAUUUCACAUUAAACUGCUCUGAAUGACUUUGUUUACAUCUCAAAGAUUGAGAAUUUGGUGGAAUUCUCCUUUAAAUAAGGUGCUGUACUAUUUUGAUUGCAAAUCCAGUGAAAAUCAGUGUUUGUGCUUAUAUGUGGACAAGCAAGUGUAGCCCAAAGUGAGAGAAAAAUCCAGGGAUUAAUGGGAUAUGUUUGCAUGGAGACUGGUCUCAAACUCUACAAUUGAUUGGGUGCUAUCGUUGACUUGUACCUUUACUCAUUAAAUUAAUUAAUUUAGCGUAAUAACAUACCUGGGGUUUGAUAGAAACAAAUCUAUGAAGAACUGUAUUGGCUCCUUGCCUUAAAAGCUUUGAUUUGAAAGUAAUAACUAUUGUAUGUAUAUUUUUCUAUUGUAAACUGGUGCAGCCACUUAAUAGGUUUUUUUUGGAGGGGUCUUUGAGUCUAAGCGGUAUUAAUGACUGUUGUUAUUAGUUGAAAAAUGGAAAAAAGAAUGAAAGAGAUCUGCUAUGCACUAAAAACCUGCCUGUUGCCUUUAAAAAAAAAUAAACUAAAAAAGAAAACCUUGAUGCCUCUAGACAUAGUUGCUAUAGAGAAGCUUAACUGUAGCUUAGUAUGCCAGACGUUCUUUUUCUACAUACAAGAACUGUGUGUGUGUGUGUGUGUGUGUGUGUGUGUGUGUGUGUGUGUGUGUGUGUAAUCCUGCCUUUUAAAGGAAUAGAGCGAGUGUCUUAGGAGUGUGUGUGUGUGUGUGUGUGUGAGAGAGAGAGAGAGAGAGCAUGUUCAUGUCAGCAAGUGUAUCCAGUUAAUUGUAGAUAGCUGUUCUAUAAAACUCAUUCAGUUUCAGUGGUGAGAAAGCACAUGGAUGAAUUUAGGCUAUGCAAGGAGACAGACAGAAACGUGAUAUUUGGCAUCAACUAAAAAUAGCAGAUAUGUUUGAUAUUCAGCUCUUGCAUUUAUACAUAAUAUAUAUAAAUAUAUAUAUAUAUAUGUGUAGUUUUUUGUUGGUGUAUGUAAACCCAUGUAGUACCAGGUGAUUUCAAUGCCACUUAUUUAAUUUAAACUAUCAAAUAUACAGUAGGAAAGCCUUAACUUGUGUUUGAUAUACAGAUGUGUUUGAACGUUUGGGUUUGAUUUAGGAGUAGCAUUUUAAAAAAAUCAUACGCAAUAGGAGGGCAAAACGGAAAACGUGGGAAUUCCGGGACUAAAACCAGGGCUCCCAUCAAGCACCUACUUUUCGUCCUGUUCUUCAAACCAAAGAGCGAACAAUGUGUUCCCAUUUUACAUACAGAUGACAACACAGACUCUACAACUCUAUUUUUGAUACUUUGAAAUGAUGGAUGUCAUUCCUAAAGUCGAGGGGAAUAUGCAUAUAUAUAUAAUUUUGUAAAGUAAAAAAAUUAUAUAUAUAUAUAUAUAUAUAUAUAAUUUUGUAAAAUAAAAGGGAAAUACAAGUUGAGCUGCUGUUUACAGAGCCUUGUAUUGUCAUUUCUUGUACAUUUUGUAUUUUAAACCUUUUGUAAUUUUUAAGACUGCUGUGCUUUUUGAAAUUAUCCAAAGGGAAUAAUUUGCAUUGUAGGCUCUUCUGAUGUAGUGUAUCAAUAAAAAAUGAAAACUAA